ACAUUCACCCGCUCCCGCACCCUCCCCUCCAACACCCCGCAUCCCGUCAGUCGUCCGCAGUCGAACAUUCGCGAAGCGGCCACCUCACGGCGAUGAUGUGUUUAUUUUUCGACGAUUUGUAACAACUGCAGCUCAAAAUGCUAUGGGAUCAAGAUAAUGUUCUAAAAUUGAUUGAUUUAUAUCACACGCAUCCAGUAUUAUGGCAUACAAAGCAUAAACAUCACUAUAACAGAAAAUUGAAACAUGAUGCCUGGGUAGAAAUAUCCAAAGUAAUGAAGUGCUGUGUUGGCGACUUAAAAAAAAAGAUUGAUAUUCUACAAGCUCAAUUGAGGCGAGAGAAGUCGCAAAUGAGGAAGUUCGCUGCUCAAGAUGAAGAGUACAUUUCAUCGUGGUACGCGUAUGAACAUCUGAAGUUUCUUCUGGAUAGAAAUGACUGCUCUCGGAUGGAAAUGAAAGAGCUACAGGACAUUGAAAACUCAACUACAUCAACUGAACAAUCUGAAGAUGAACAAUUGGAAAGUGUAGAAACUGAAAAUGCUGAACCCGUAAAAAUAGAAUUACAAUCUUUGGAAGAUCCAACAGAAAACUUCGAAUACGUACACACAAGUAUGGACAAUGAUGCUACCUCCCAAAAUAAACUAACGCUUUUGCAACCAAUUUUGAGAGAAUCAUCAACUAAGAGGAGGAAAGUAAAUGACUCAGAUACUGUGACGAAAACCGCUUUCGAAAUGCAUUCACCAGCCAUAGCUUCAGUGAGUGGAGAUUCAUCCAGAGAUUUUGCUUCUACAGCCCCAAAUGACAGUGAAGCGUAUGCAAAUUUCAUUGCUAGCAAGUUUCGCACGUAUUCACUUCGUACGAAGAAUGCAUUGCAGUAUGAAAUAAGUAAUUUACUCUAUAAAGCUGAUAAUGGUUAUUUUGAGUCCUAUCAGCAUUCAUUUGAAUUUUCUUCACGAAGAAGUAUUAAAUCCGUACAAUCUACAUCUCAAAUGCAGAGUCAAACUGAACCUAGACGCCAAACGACACCUAUUUCGAUAACGAGUGAAAGUAGAAAUAAACUUAACUCAGUAGGUGCUUCGCUAUCUAAUGAAAAAAAUGAGACACAAGAUUGAUUACUAUUAUUAUUUAAUAAAAAAUAAUACUUUUUUUGGCCUUAUUAAGUCCCCACUUGCCUCAUACAAUUCUGGAACUAUAUUUAUCAUCUAAAUGACGUUUGAAGGUUUGUCACAAGUGAUGUAAUAACCUCUGAAUGGAUUUGGUUGAAAUUGAGUAGGUACAUAGAUCGACGUGCGUGAUUAACAAUGAAGUAUUCUUAAUAAACUAAAAGUAUUCAGUAGUACUUUUGUGCCGGGAAAGGCCUUUCACGCAAAAAAUACCUAAUUGUAAUCUGACUAGUAUUGUAGUCACUUUCUGCACUGAAAUUGCCAUCCUGUAUUGGAUAUAAGUAUAUUUUGUCCUUGGGAGUAUAAAUUUUGCGGACAUCGUUCGUGUUUAUAUUUAUAACAACGUUUCUUUCAAAUUGUAAAUCCAAUAAUCUAAUAAAAUAUUAUUUUUACCGUAUAUA